GGCGGUUGAUAGAAGAUUAGGUACAUAAUUCACUCAACUUUACAUUUUUGUUUUGUUCACGUUCACCUGUGCUCGUUGUGCAUAUCACGCCGUUGUCGUACGAUCCGAGUAUCCGAUAGUACGAUUUCUCUCUCGUCGACUGUUAGACGUAGGCAUAGUUUUUUUUCUCCCAGUAAUUGACACAGACGUGUGUUCAGGUGGCUAUUCGAUAAUAGUCUGGUAACGGUUUUUUAACGACAACCAUUAAAUCUUUGUAGGUAGUCAGUAAGUGUUUUUGAUGCUGUGUGUAUGAUAUGAUGUGUUACCAACAAUGAUGUUUUUCUUCUAUUUACAGUUACCAUGGCUAGGGGACAGCAAAAAGUGCAAUCGCAGGCUAAGGCGGCCGAAAAACAAGCAAAGAUGAAAAAACAGCAAGGACACAGUGCCAACGAGCAGAAAAAAGCCGCCCAGAAAGCAUUAAUUCAUGCAUGCUCUGUUUGCAAAGUAAGCAUUUGUUGUGAACAUACCAUAUUUUUCAAUUGAAUCAGAAAAUCAGUUCAUUCCCUCAAUUCUAAAUUUCGUCUUUUACAAUAAAUAUUGGAUGGAUCAAUUUUGUGAUAAGUUUAAAUUAUUAAGUAUUAACAUAUCUACUUAACAUAUAACAACUUAUCUAUACACUAUAUUUUAUUAGAUAGUAAAUUUUUUAAUUCAAUAACGUUUCAACCCAUAAGUUUAAAAAAUAGGUUACUAUACAAAUUUAUAUACAUAGGUACAAUGAAAAAUAGUUUUAGAUGUUAUAAUUUAUUAAUUAGUAGUUAUUUUUUUUCAUUGUAAACAAUGAUAAACUAUUUUAAUUUUAAUUACCUAUAUCUAUGUUCUUCAAAAAGCUUACAAGGUUUUGUUUAUUUUUUUCUUUCAUCUGAUAUAUUAAAAUUUAUUAUUAAUUAAACGUAUUUGAUCCUUGUUGUAAACACUAAUUAUUAUAAAUAGAUAUUACAAACUCAGUAAUUAUUUAAGUAUUUUCAAUAUCACAAGUUAAGUCAAAAUUAUUACCCAUCUUUAAAUAUUACUAUUCUCCAAGUAUGUCCUCCAUCUCACUACCAAAUCCAUUUUACAUUUCUUCUAUUAUACAACAACCUGAUCACGUACUACCUUCUAAUUGCAGUAUUUCACUUGAUGAAAUAUCUGACGGUUUACAUUCACUAAAUAAAAGCAAGUCUCCUGGCUCCAAUGAGAUUUCCAGUUACUUUCUAGCUAGUUUAUCUGAUGCCAUAGCGUAUCUGAUAUUCCUUUUAUAUAAUAAAUCACUUCGAGGGAAGAGUGUUCCUAUCAAUUUGGAAAAUAAGUUCAGUUACCCCAGUCUUUAAAAAAAGAGACUAGUCUAAAAUUAAAAAUAAUUGUCUAAUCUCUAGUUUAGGACAAAUAGGCGAGUUGUUAAAGAAAUUGGUUCUUAGACACAUACUUAGUCCUAAUAAUAUUAUACUAAGUAAUAGCCAACAUGGCUUUAGACUGUACUCUGACCUUUAAUAUGUUUCUACAACAAUUUAUUCUUGACUCCUUCAAAGAAAAAUGUCAAGUUGAUGUAAUUUACAUCAAUUUUGGGAAGGCCUUUGAUUACGUUGAUCAUAAGUUACUGAUCAUUGUUUUAAAGAAAUUAGGGUUUGGUAAUCCCUUAUUAUCUUGGUUUAAUUCAUACCUUGUGAAUAGAUCAUAGCCACAAACUUCCGCCAUCUGCUGAUUUUUUCUUUUCAUCUUUAAAUGAAUUGUUAAAUACCUGUGUAAAUAUUGAUAUAUAAUACUUAGAAUGCCAAGUUAAUUUUAAUUUUUGCUCUAGAAUAUAUUUACUGUGUUUUUUGUUUAUUGUAUUUUAAGCCUUAUUGUACUAUUGGGCCCGUUUUAUUCACUGAAUACAUUUUUAAAAAUUAUCUAUUUUUAUCUAUUUAACCCAUUAUUAUUAUUUCGUUUUAUAAAUAAUUUAUCACUCUAUCAUUUUUUGAGCUACCCAAUUGUUUGUAUAAAUAUAAAAUCUUUAUUCGUGAAUUAAUUAGGUAUUUAUUAAAAAUGUAUUAUUUUGAGUUAAAUUGAUUCUAUUUGAUUAUUGUAUAAUAUUGAGAUGAUUUUUUUUUUUUUUUUUGGGGGGGGGGUUAUUAUAUUGUUUAUGCAAAUUCAAUUUUAACUAAGAUAAAAAUCAAUUUCAUAACUUAUAGAAUUUGGAUUAUUAAUUUGUCUAUUCACAGUUUUGUAUAUUUUAACAGGUAAAUGGUAAAAAAGUCUGAGAAAAAAAAUAUAUAAUAUACUACUUAUUGUAAAUUAUGUUUAUAACUAUUAUUAUAAAGUUAUUUAGUUUAUUUUAUAAAAAAAAAAAAAAAAAAUAUUUUCGAAUGUUUUAUUAUAAUAAGUAGGUAUGCAAUAUAUAUUUAUACUAACAACAUCAGGUGACCACCCGGGUUCUUUGUUAUUAUUAUCACAAUUUCAUAGUUAUACUGAAAUUAUAUUGGCCUAGAAUUUUAUAGUCAAAACUGGAAACAUUUUAUGAUUACAUUUAAUUAUUUAUAGAUUUAAUUAGGUUUAUCGCAGGUAUCAUUAUGUCAACAAAUUCAACUUACAUCUUAUAACUUAUUUAAUACAGACUACUGGGUAAUAAGUGUACAACUCUACUAAUUGAUAUUGUUCGUCUAUAGUUAUGCUAAUCAUUUUUUUUUACAAUGAAUUAAUUAUAAAUGAUAAAAAAGUAUCCAUGGUAUUACUUUGCAUUUACAAUCCAGCAUUAGUUAGUAAAUAGUUGUAAGAUAGAAAUGUUUUCCAGAAAAUAUCAAAGGAGUAAGAAUAAUUUUAUUGUAUCAAUAAUGUAAAUUAAUUUUUUUAAAUAUUUAUUUUUCCUUGCUUUUUUUUAAACAAUUUUUAUGAUUUUAACUGAAUCAUUUAAUAAUAAUAGUUAUGAGCUUAAUAUGUAGUAUAUAUAAUAAAUAAUAUAUUUUCAAAUUAUUUUUCCCAAACUUUUAUUCUUAAUUUCAUUUUAUCAAUUUUUAGUUGAGUAUAGUUUUAUUUAGUCUUUAAAAAUACAAUUUCAAAGUUUUUGAAUAUUAAAAUACACCAAAUAAAUUAAAAAUAAUUAUUUUGUUUUGUAUCUAUUAUAGCACAUAAGUGCAGGCAUAUUUGUCUGUGUUUUAGAGCACAAAACUAUUAACAUGUAUUCCUGAAUAAUAAAAUGUAAAUUAUUAAUACAAUUUGGAUACAUUAAAAUAGUGGUCUUUGAUUCAAUAUACAGAGUUUACAGAGCUCCAAACAAAUCAAAUAUAUCAGUUUGGGCAUUAAUAUUUAAUUUGAAAAUAAUAUUAGCAGUAUCUAUUAACUUUAAAUUAUUGUUUUUAGAUAGUAUUAUAUCAUUUCAAGUAAUAAUGCAAUAGAUAUCUAACUAUAUUAAAUGCCACUAAUAAUUAAUGAUAAUAUUUUAAUCAUUUUAUAAAGUUUGGAUUUGUCAUAAAGCCCGUGGAAUCUAGAUCACUAGGUCUGAUAUUAAACAUAUGCUAUGUAAUUUGACUUGGAAUUAUUUAAUAUUGAUUAAAAUCCAUCUAAGUACUUAUACAUUAUUAGAGCACGAAGUUAUAUUCUCUUAAAAUAGCCAAAAUAUGAUGUUUAUAUUCUAUUUCAAAUUUUGAAUACAUGCUUGUAAUAUUCUCUAAAAAUAUUAUUAAAAUAUAUUUUUAUAUAAUUAUAUUUUCUUAACAUCAAAAUAUGUGCUAAUAUGCAAAACUAAUUUAAUAAAUAAUAAUAAACUAAUUUUUUUGGCAUUUCAUUAAAUUAAAACUUGUGAAUUAAAGCACAUGUCACAUAAUAAAAAUAAAAUGAUUUAUUAAUUCAAAUAGACUUCAAAUUCAAAACAAUAACUCGCUAUCACAGAAGGAAAACAUGUGAUAAUUUAUGUGGUAAUAAAAUCAAUUAUCAAUUAUUUGGAAAGUAGGUAGUCUGUUGUCUGCAAAAUGAUAACUAGAUAUCAAAACUUCGACUAACAGGACAUGUAUCAACGUCAUUUAUGUAUAUGAUAAACAUUAAAAUAAUAAUUUUUCAUUUCAUUAUGAUUUUUCAAUUAUUAAACCGUAGUGGCAUUGAUAACUAUUGUAUGACAUACACAUUAAUAAAUUAUUAAAAAAAAGAAAAAAUUGAUCGUAGCGGUUGAAAUGCACAUAAUUUUUUAAUUACUGAAAAUAUUUCAAUUCAUUAAUUUCUAAUUAGUCAAAUAUGCAAAAAAAUUAUUUUUUAUGAACAUAUUGUCUUAACAUCAAAAUAUGAAAUUAUGUGCAAAAUAACAUUUUGUACACAGAUUCUUUUUACUGUGUAUCAUUGACAUAUCUUACUCUUGUGGUUGUCCAUUAAAAAUAUAUUUUUACAUAGAAAUCCACUCUCUAUACAUUAUUAUCAAUUUGAUAUUUAGAUUUAUUAUACUAAUAUGGUAAUUUUGUUAUGUUAUUUUUUGUUAUAUACUGUUAUUAUUAAAUAUUAUAGUUUAUAGAACAUUUUUAAUAACAAUAAUUAUUUUUAUUUCUAGGCACAAAUGCCUGAUCCUAAAACGUAUAAACAACACUUUGAAAACAAACAUCCUAAAAAUACUAUGCCUGAAGAACUGAAAGAUGUGUGAUGGAUUGACGGAUCUGUUAUGACGAUUAGACUUUUUAUGAUCGUGUGUACAAAUGAAUGAAAUACCUAAAUUAAGUAAUAUUAAAGUUUUUUAACUGCUUAAUAUAUCUAAAUAUUGUUUUUUUUUUUUUUCAUAACAUUUUUCCUUUACACUGUGUGAAACUUGAAAAAUAGUAUGUAACAAUGUUUCCUGUAUGGUUAGUUAAUUAAAUUUAUAGUAUAUGACAGUUGACACAAGUAUAUUACUGAAGUCCAUUAUAAUAUCCUGUUUGGGGUUUGAAAUACCAAAUUUAUAUAAUUAAGUAAUAGCACUACAUAUUUUGAAUCGUAAUAUUAAAAUAUAAAUAUAAUUAAAUACUUGUAAAUUUAACAUGUUUUAUCUUAGUUUUCCUUGAAUUUUCUUUUAUCACAAAAAAUAAAUGUACAGUAUCUUAAUUAUUUUACUAAUCAAAUAAAAGUAUAAAAAAAAUAUAAAUAACUU